AUGGGCGGCAGCGCUUCAAGUAGCCCUCCAAAGGGUUGUGGAUCCCCCAGGGGCCCUUCAAAUGCGUCGGCGCCCCUAGGGGCAUUCCCAAAUGAGGAAGCGUCCCUACAGGCACUUAUAGGGGCGGACCAUUCCAGAGGCGGUGGCGCCCCCAGGGGCUCUCUCACGGGCUAUGGCUCCAAUAGGGACCCUCCCAGGGGAGGUGGCACUCACCCCGUGGGCCCUGCUAGCAGCGAUGGCGACCCUAUGGGCCCUCAAAAGGGCGGCGGCGCCCCUGAGGGCCCUCCCCGAGUUCCAACUAGUGCUAAAACAACUGCCCCCAGAGGACUUUCCAGGAGCUCUAACGUCCCCAAGCACCUUCUCAAGAGCGGGGGUGCUUCAAGGGCCCUCCCAGGAGUUGUGGAUCCCCCAGGGGCCCUUCAAAAGCGUUGGCGCCCCCAGGGGUCCUCCCAGAUGAGGGGGUGCCCUUACAGGCACUCACAUGGGCGUAGAUGUCCCUAG